CCUAGCGAGGGUGAACUUUAUACCGCUAUUCAAUUCCGAGAGGCAACUGUUAUGUGAGGAGCGAACAGUUCCCCUCGACGUGAAUACUCGUGUUUUUCAAUCCGAGUCGUGACAAAUACUAGGAUAAUAUUGUCUGGGUCAGGUGUCGUGGAAUAAAAAGUACUGCGACGGGUCGCUGACCUACUGGAAUGGACUCCGAGAACUGGCUAUGCAUGGUGAUAUCCUAGGACUGAGGUCUGACAGCGUACAAGGGAUCAACAGGAGGAGAAGAGAAACACUGGUAACAGAGGAUGGGCGAGACGGAAGAUGAGCGCACAGCUCAGGCCAGCCAGCUCUUUGAGAACUUUGUGCAAAUGUCCACGUGUAAAGGAACUCUUCAGGCCUUCAGUAUACUUUGCAGGCAGCUAGAACUGGACCCGCUGGACUACAGAAACUUCUACAGCUCACUGAAAGCUGCCGUCAACUCUUGGAAGGUCAAGGCUCUGUGGACCAAACUAGACAAUCGGGCACAGCAAAAGGUGUACAACCAGAAUAAAGUCUGUCAGGGAACAAAGUGUCUGAUCAUUGGCGGUGGUCCUUGUGGUCUGCGGACAGCCAUCGAGCUGGCCCUGUUGGGCUGUAAGGUGGUUGUGAUCGAAAAGAGAGACACAUUCUCCAGGAACAAUGUACUUCAUCUCUGGCCUUUCACCAUCGAAGAUCUCAGAGGCCUUGGGGCCAAGAAGUUCUCUGGAAAGUUCUGUGCUGGUUCCAUCGACCAUAUCAGUAUCCGUCAGCUCCAGCUGAUGCUGCUGAAAGUUUGUCUCAUUCUGGGAGUUGAGGUUCACGUCGGUGUGGAAUUCGUCAAACUCUUAGAACCACCAGAAAAGCAGGCCGAUGACGGUCAUCGUUGGAGAGCAGAAGUCCGUCCAUCAUAUCACUCGAUCUCUGACUUUGACUUUGAUGUGGUGAUUGGAGCUGAUGGACGCAAAAACACAUUAGAUGGUUUUGGCCGCAAGGAGUUUCGAGGAAAGCUGGCCAUUGCCAUUACGGCUAACUUUGUGAACAGGAACACCACAGCAGAGGCCAAAGUGGAGGAAAUCAGCGGAGUGGCAUUCAUCUUCAACCAAAAGUUUUUCCUGGAACUCAAGGAGGAAACUGGAAUUGACUUGGAGAAUAUAGUUUACUACAAAGACAACACCCACUACUUUGUCAUGACUGCAAAGAAACAGAGUUUACUGGACAAAGGGGUGAUUAUUAAUGACUACAUAGAAACCGAGCGUCUACUAAGUACUGACAAUGUAAACCACGAAGCAUUACUCUCUUAUGCCCGUGAGGCGGCUGACUUUGGUACAAAUUACCAGCUACCAUCCCUGGACUAUGCCAUCAACCACUACGGGCAGCCAGAUGUAGCAAUGUUUGACUUCACCAGCAUGUAUGCCUCAGAGAAUGCUGCCCUGAUCAGGGAGAAACACGGACAUCAGCUACUGGUUGCACUGGUGGGAGAUAGUCUGCUCGAGCCCUUCUGGCCAAUGGGUACAGGUUGUGCUCGGGGUUUUCUGGCAGCAUUUGACACAGCUUGGAUGGUGAAGGGAUUUGCACAGGGCAAAAACCCUCUAGAGAUACUGGCUGAGAGGGAAAGCAUCUAUCGGUUGCUGCCACAGACCACCACAGAGAACAUCAGUAAAAACUUUGAUCAGUAUACCAUUGACCCCUCAACCCGCUAUCCCAACCUAAAUUCCAGCUGUGUACGCCCCCACCAGGUGCGCCACCUGUUCUGUGAUGGCCAAUGGGACUCAAAUCGCUAUGAACGCCCCAUAGGUAGACCAGUCAACCUUUCCAGAGGAGAAUCUGAGGUGCGCCCUGACCGGCUGCUGACCUGGUGUCAGAGACAGACUCAGGGCUACAGAGGGGUUAACAUCAGCAACCUGACAUCUUCCUGGAGGAGCGGCUUAGCCCUAUGUGCCCUCAUUCACAAGCAGAGGCCCGAACUCAUUGACUAUGACUCCCUUAAUGAGGAGGACGUGGCAGCAAACAAUCAGUUGGCCUUUGACAUUGCUGAGAAUCAGCUUGGUAUUCAGCCAGUGACGACUGGAAAGGAGAUGGCUUUGGAGGCCGAACCGGACAAGCUUCUCAUGGUUUUAUACCUGUCUAAGUUUUACGAAGCCUUCUGGAACUCACCUGGAAACAAAAAAGGAGCAAAAAGAACAGAUGAGAAUAGUGAGGAACAAUCAGCGCGAAGCAACUCGGUCCAUCCAAGGAAGAGGAUACCGAGGGAUAACAAAAAACUGGAUGAUGAUUCGAUUAAUAAGAGACGACGAAAGGGUAACUGCUACCUCACAGAGCUAUCCUGUCACAGUGCGCCCUCAGCUGGUGAGGACGGGGAACUGCGAGAGAACAAGGUCCGCUCCAUGGCGACUCAGCUGCUGGCCAAAUUUGAGGAGAACUCCACAGAAAAAACCCACGGCAAGCCAGAGGAUGACCUCCCCAACCCAUCCUUUUCUCAAGCUCUUUCAUUUUCCUCCACCUCACUUCCUCUCUCAAAUGAAGAGAGUGAAAACCCCCGCUUUGCAAAGCCCAAGGAUGACAUCCCUCCUCCUAAUCCUCCUCUGCACCCCCCUCAAUCCAAGUGGCAGUGUGUGGGGCGCGGAUUCGGAGGCAGUGAUAUCUGCCACUUCUGCUCCAAGCGGGUGUACGUGAUGGAAAGACUGAGUGCUGAGGGCUACUUCUUCCACCGAGUGUGUUUCCGCUGUGAUGUCUGUAACUGCACUCUCCGACUGGGUGGAUACACCUUUGAUUCACAUGAGGCAAAGUUCUACUGUCGAAUGCAUUAUGCCCAACACCAAUCCAGUACACACUUUGGUAGAUUCAGGAAAAGAACGGAUAACCACAGCCAUGUCACAUCCUUGGUGGCAGAAAGUGGGAGCAGCUCAGCGACAAGUAGCAUCCCGACAAAAGCUGCAGACCGACAAUUCAAAAUUCAUUCGGAACAUGCAGAUAGAAGUCUAACAAGUGAUCUUGGAGACGCAAACAUGACUGUGGAAAAACUGAAUGCUCACUGCAAUUUGAAACCUGCAGCACAGGAUGCAAUGGCGCCCAAUGGGGGAAAGGAGGACAGCGCCGAAGGUCACUGUAAAACCAAACAACGUCAUUGCUGGAAACAUAAGAUCAGAGCAAUAUUCCCGUUGGCUUUUGUUAAACAUUUCCAUCAGAGCUCGUCUCAAGAUAAAGGACCUGCGACGGUCCCUGAAGCCGACUCUGACUUUGAGGAGAUUACUCCAACAGAAACUAGCUCUAAAGGAAAGACAUCUUAUGAAAACAAACAUCCCUCAGAGGGAAGUGAAAAGAACCCAACCUGCAACUCCUCCACCCCAAAGAAACGCUUGAUGUCAUCAGUUAGUGAGAAGGAGCGACUCCGCCGAUGGGACAUGUUGGACCCUUCAAAGGACACGCUAACUACGCAGCAACAUGGACACCAGAUCCAAGCAAAGACGGAAGGUGAUACGCCUCAGACAGACUCGGGCCAGCAUGGAGAACCAAUUCCGAGCCAAACCUCCUACUCCGCCUCAUCCCCCUCAGCCUUCCAGCUUUUCGCCAACGCCUUCAGGAGGACGUUUAGUAUCACCAAUGCUUCCAACAGCUCCGGAACAGCUCACAUGAGGCCCGUACGUCAUGGACCACGCAGACAGAGGCCUAUGUCAGAAGGAGCGUUAAAUGUUAUAUCUCUCCGUAGCACCUCUGAAAUAGAGUCCUCCAAAGAGACACAUGCAAGAAAGCCUGAUAUGCACUCACAGUUGCAGCAAGUCUCGCUAAAGAGCCGUAGAAACUCAGGCGGGGUCUUCAAGGAUGACAUGUCGUCACUGUCCAGACGGAAAGUCAGCCUCUUCUCAUCCCUGAGGCUCAGGAAGAGGGAGGCAUCAGAGGCUGACGGGAAGGACCAGGAGCUCCAAAAGGAAAUCAGGAUGAUCCUCGCCAAUCUUAGAAACAAAGCAUCCAGCCAGCAAAAGCUGGAGGAGCCCUGCUCUUCUGAUGAUGAACUUGACGGUGCAUCAUCGAAUCACAAGAUGUCGUCUGAGAGGAGGAGGCAAGAGACAACUGUGGCCUUGCUGGCCAAACGGGAACAACUGAAGAGGUUGCAUCGGGCUCAGGUGAUUCAGCGACAACUGGAGGAGGUCGGAGAGAAACAAAGAGAUGUGGAGGACAGAGGAGUGGCUAUAGAAAAGAUUAUAAGAGAAGAAGCAGGAGACUCUCAGGCAGAUGAAGGCCACCAUGCCCAGCUCUAUCAGUCCUGGUUUAAACUGGUUUUGGAGAAGAACAGAUUAGCACGCUAUGAGUCUGAGCUCAUGAUAUUUGCUCAGGAGCUUGAACUGGAGGACACCCAGGGGCGACUUCAGCAAGAUCUACGAUGCAGGAUGACAAAAGAAGAUACAAAGAAGAGUGUGUCCGUGCUACAGGAAGAACAGGCUAUCUUGUCUGAAAUCAUGAGGACUGUGGAAAAAAGAGACAUGCUGGUGUCGAUACUUGAGGAACAGAGGCUCAAGGAGAAGGCCGAGGACCAGGACCUGGAGAGCAUUGUGUUAUCCAAAGGUUACAAGUUCCAUUGGGCCCAGGCUAAUGACAGCUGGGGGUCCGAUGAGGUGGUGGGCUGAGGCAUGAAAGGCCAAGAGAAGUGCCUUAAGGCAACACGCAACGAAUAAAAGUAAACUUUACAUUUCUAUUUAAAAUGAUCUAAAUACUUGGACUGAGAUUUUAGGAAAUGGAAUUAUUUUUUUUACCUUGACGAGGCUUGAGGCUAAGAAUCCAAUUACAGCUAACAGUGUGAAAUGAAAGGCUAAAACCAGAUAUUGAUAUUUAACCUUUAACCUUUUUGCACAUAAGCUUAUAUCCACAACUUCUGUUUGUUACCUGAAAAGUUGGAUUUUGGAUUUGGAUUUUCCAGUCAAUUUACCUGGGGUUUUCAAUUUAGCACAGACCAAAUGUUGUGAUUGUGUAAAUAAAUUCACAGAUGUGCAGCGUUCACUCAUAUAUUCUACGUCAUUUGUGUGUGAAAAUAAUCAUAAGGUGUGUUUUUCUUGUUGUGCACCUCAGUCAGUUGUAAUAUAAUGCAAUAUAUUAUUUCACUCUUUCGUCUGUCCUCAUGAAUGAUUGACACAUUACAUGUUAAAUAGUUGACAAUGGAGUGCGUCUAUCCAGUACCAAUUCUUUGUGAAUGUCUACUCAGGGUCACCUUAAUGCCUCUUGUUAAAUGAAUAUUUUAUUCCCAGACAAGCACUAGUUAAUUCCUUGGAUUCUAUGUAUUAUUUAAUUUGGGAUUAUUUCUGUUUAUGUGGUAAAGACUGCACUUUUUAAACAUGUUUUGGUUUUAUGCUACUUGUCUUUU